GAGCGCCACCCCGCCAGGGCCCGGCCCCAGCCCGAGAUGCCCGCCCGUGCCAGGCUCCCUUCGGGCACGUCCUCCUCGUCGACGGCCUCGUCGCCCGCCGACGAGGAGAGCAGCAGCUCUGCCCUCGAAGCCCUUGAGAGGCUUUCGGUGUCCAGUCCCCGGCGCUGCUCGAGCCCGUCCCCGUCGGCCCCCUGCGGCAACGACGACGAAGCCCCUGGCGACGGCGGCGUCCCAGGCGGCGUGCCCUGGGAGCAGCGCCGGCGUCGGCUGCCGCGCAUCACGUACUCGGUCUCCCAGGACUCGCACCUGGUGGGUGCCGGCCUGGAGCGGCCCAUCUACCCCGGCCUGCCCUUCUCGCCCUUCAGCUCGCCCUGCUCGUCGCCCCGGCUGGGCAGGAGCAUCCGCGAGUCCCGCAGGGUGUCCAUCGAAGCCCAUAAGGGAUACACGCAGCUCAACCAGUACCGCCUCAAGGAGGAGAUUGGGCAGGGAGCGUUUGGAAUCGUCAAACUGGCGUACAGCGAAGAAGAUGACAGCCAUUAUGCAAUGAAAAUCUUGUCCAAGAAAAAGCUUUUGAAGAGGGCCGGCAUGUUCGGACGCCUUCCGCCCCCACGGAGAGGCAGGAGCAAUAGCACCACAAACCCCCUGGACCAAGUUUACCACGAAAUAGCCGUCCUAAAGAAACUCAAUCACCCAAACAUCGUCAAGUUGGUCGAGGUUCUAGACGAUCCUGAUAGUGAUAAUUUGUACAUGGUUUUCGAAUUUCUCGAGAAAGGGCCGGUGAUAGAGAUCCCAACGAAGUCGCCGUUGAGCGAGGCUCAAGCCUGGACCUUCUUCCGAGACGUCGUUUUAGGAAUCGAAUACCUUCAUCACCAGAAAAUCAUACAUCGUGACAUCAAGCCGUCAAACCUUUUGUUGGGAGAUAAGGGACGAGUGCAGAUCGCAGACUUCGGCGUUUGCAAUCAGUUCGAGGGUGUGGACGCCCUGCUGUCGGGCACGGCCGGGACGCCCGCCUUCGUGGCCCCUGAAGCGCUGAGCGAAAACAGGAACCAGUACAGCGGAAAGGCGGUGGACGUGUGGGCCAUGGGCGUGACCCUGUUCGCCUUCGUGGUGGGCAACGUGCCCUUCCACGACCCCAGCGUGCUCAUCCUCUACAACAAGAUACGCAACCAGCCCCUUCUGUUUCCCGACUCCCCCCAAGUCAGCCCACCGCUUCAGGAUCUCAUUUCUGGCAUGCUAAGGAAGGAUCCUGAAGAGCGCCUUACGGUACCAGAAAUUAAGGCGCAUCCGUGGGUCACCCAAGGUGCUACCUGUCCGAUGCCUUCGGAGGAGGAGAACUGCGUGUUCGUCGAGGUCACCGAGGAGGAGAUCGACAACUGCGUACGGACCAUCCCGAAGUUGGACACAUUGAUCCUGGUCAAGAGCAUGCUGAAGAAGCACUCGUUCGGCAACCCGUUCAAGGACUGUCCUCGGCACCGCGCAAGGUUCACCAAGGCGGCCAGGUCCAAUUCGGCUCCUUCCUCCUUCGACGUCCUGCUAGAGAGAAAAGUUUCCAUCGAGAGUCCGCUGCCAGCCCUCAACGAAAUCAACUUCCUGGACCAGACGUAGCGCCGGUGCCGGACUCUUUCGUGCGUCGACGCGGGCAACGCCAAGCGCAAGCCGCGGCGCCGGGUGCUCCAGAUGUCCCCGUAGCCCAUGCAGUUGCCGACCAAUAACAUAUGGUGCCUACCCUCACGAACACACCAUCCCAAAACACAGACACACACACACGCAAACACACCCUUUGGUAAUGGUACUCCCUGAACCCUA